AUGUCUGACGACGAAAACAAACGCAAGGCUGCCGAGCUGGCAGCGCAGAAAGCCGCCGAGGCUGCGAAGUCAACGACGUCCGACCACGAUUCGGAUCACGAUGAUCCGGAUGCAGAAGUUAUUUAUCGAAAGCUUGAUCCAUCAUCCCCUUAUUUUCUUGGUUCCAAUGAUCAUUCUGGAAACAUGAUCUGUACGGUGAAAUUGAAUGGUGAAAAUUAUGAACGAUGGGCACGUUCCAUGCGCUUGUCUCUGAGGGGAAAACGUAAAUGGGGAUUUGUUGAUGGUAGUAUUCGAAAACCGGUGAAUCCAAUUUAUUUGGUUGACUGGGAUGCAGUCCAAUCAACUCUAGUUCAAUGGAUUAUGAAUUCCAUUGAGAAUCAGAAAAAUUCGAUUCCUUAUUUCGAGGAAGCUAAGCCUUUGUGGGAUUUGUUGCAGAGGAGAUUUACUGUGAGCAAUGGGCAGCGUCAACAAGAGUUGAAAUAUGAGUUGGCUCAAUGUAAGCAGACAGCUACUAUGUCGGUUGCCUCCUACUUUGGUAAACUGGAGAAACUCUGGGAUGAAAUUGACAACUAUAAUCCUGUUCCUGCAUGUAUUUGUGGUAUGAGUGAAGAAUUUCAGAAGAAGAAAGACGAGGCCAAAUUCCAUGAUUUUCUGUUUGGCAUUAAUCAGGAGAGAUAUGGGAACUUAGCGUUCUCAAUUAUUGGCGCAAGACCCGUUACCAACCUUGGAUUGGGCAUUUAA